AUGGGUGAAAACAAAGGAGAAACAACAAAGAAACAAAAACAACAAAAAUCAUCAUCUUCUCCGAAAGACGCACUUGAGGAAUCGACAGAACUAAUACCUCAUCAUCAUCAACAGCCACCUUCUGCUGUAGUUAGGGAAGCUCCUUUCAUCUCUCCCCCUCUUUUUGUCCCAAUUGGUGCAACGUCUUCCUCUCCUUUUGAGCAGCAAUUUGAAACAAUAAACCCCAAGAGACCAAGAUACACUAGCGCACAAUGGAAGCUAUUACCUUCACCAUCUCAUCAUCAACAACAGCAGCAACAACAACCAACACAAGCUCAAAUGGCCACUGUUGUCUCAACCGAUUCAACCCCAUCACCAACCAUAAACCCUACCCAACAAAAGCAACCUCACAAAGCAACAGCAACAGCAGCAGCUUCCUCUUCUGACACGAACUCAUCCCCUUUACAGUCACCUGUCCCUUCACUUUCUGCAGCUUCCGCUCAAGAAACAAGCAAACCGGAAGGAGAACAAUAUCAACAUCAAUUUAGAAAAGGAAAAUAUGUAAGCCCAGUUUGGAAGCCCAAUGAGAUGUUAUGGUUAGCCAGGGCUUGGAGGAUCCAAUACCAAGGUGGGUCUGAUUUUCCUUUAAGAACUGAUCAGCAUCCAGAAACCACUACGGGUCAAGUCGCUAGUGGUGAUGCAGUCGUUGCAGUGCAAUCAACAAGAGGGAAAACUAGAGCUGAUAAAGAUAGAGAAGUAGCAGAUUUUUUGAAUCGACAUGGUGUUAAUAGAGAUGCAAAAACUGCAGGUACUAAAUGGGAUAACAUGCUGGGGGAGUUUAGGAAGGUUUAUGAAUGGGAAAGAGGUGGUGAGAGAGAAAAAAUGGGGAAGAGUUAUUUUAGACUUUCACCCUUUGAGAGAAAGGUACAUAGAUUGCCUGCUUCGUUUGAUGAAGAAGUUUUUGAUGAAUUAUCACAAUUUAUGGGUCCUAGAAUGAGAACUUCGCAAAGCAGAGGACCUUCAGUUAUUGGUUCUGGCGAUGAUAGCACUAGGGAAACUUCUCUUGCUGUUGCAAGACCUCUCCCUCCACCCCCUCCUUUCAAAGAGGUUGAUCUCUCACUCACAGCAAGGACAAAACAAUUGGUUAUGACAAGUGGAGGUGAAGCUUACUUCCAUGGUACUAGAAGUUUACUAGGGUUUGAUACUUCCAUGGAUGUUGCAGCAGGUUCUUCUUCAUCUUCAAAGGAACUACGUAGAAUUGGUAAAAUAAGAAUGACAUGGGAAGAAUCAGUGAGUUUGUGGGGUGAAGAAGGAGAGCAACAUAGAGGGAGGGUUAAGCUUCAAGGAUCAAGCUUUUUGAAUGCAGAUGAACUUACUUUCUUCGAUGAUUCUAUGAUUGCUUGCACCAUGGAAGCAUUUGAAGAUGGUGCUCUUAAAGGUUUUUCAGUUGACAAGUUUGUUUCUGGACAACAAGUUAAAGUCUUUGGCAGAAGAAAGUCUUCUCCUUCAGCUUCUGUUACUUCUUCUGGUUUCAUUGAAAGAGUUCAGCUUCCAUUAACCGAACCCUCAAUAAGAUUACCUCCAUGGGAAUUUCAAGAUCCAACUGAAUACUAUGUGGGGUGUCUUAGAGUUCCACCAACAACACUUCCAAGUUUGUUUGAGCUUUCAUGGUAUUUACAAGAGCCACCACCAGAAGAACUAAGAUUCCCACUUCGAAAAGAUGUGUACAGGGACCUACCCCAAGCCAAAGAACUCUUCUUCGCAACUUCUAAUGAUCUCUUAGAUUGUAGAGGUAUUACUUCUGAUAUUUUAAGCCCAAUUAUCAGAACUAACCCUAGUAUAAGUGGAGCAACUGCCUCGAGUAGAGACUCUUUCAUUGGCCUUUGGGAUGAUUGCAUCAAUAGGAUUGUGUCCAAAUUUUGUUCUGUCCAAGUUACUAUUGUUAGAAAACAACCCUCUUCGCCAAUGGUCGAUACAUUACAAGAUCAAUGGCCAAAUGUGACUGGGUUUGUUAGAAACUUUUGUUUGUGGAGAGGAGAAGAAACUGACCGAUUAAGGGAAGGUCAAGUUGAUCCCUCAUCAUCUGUAGUGGAGAAGCUUUUGUGGACUUAUUUGGACCUCCCCUACAUCCUAGGCUACUAUGCUGUUGGCUACUUGGUAACAUUUUGUGCAUUAUGUAGAUCACAAGAUCGCAUUAUUCGUACUGAUCUUUACUCAUUAGACCUAUCAUCACCAGUCGAAAGGCUAAAGGCCCUAGUCCCAUGUUAUAGAGUUGCUGGAUUAUUGCCAUUACUAGCUGAUCGUUGUUUCAACAACUUCAACCUUGGUGGUACUUACAAGCAAUUAACCUUCAGUGAUUUUGAAAGAGUAGACAUGGGUAAUGGAAACAUCAUGGAAAUGACACCAAAUACAGUGACAAGAUUCUUCUCUAGCAAAAGAAAAUGGGCAGCAGUGAAAGAAAUAUACGAUUAUUUUGAUCAUAGAAUCCCACAUGCAGAAUUCAUCUACAAAUCAUCAGAAACAGAUUUGGCUUUGGUUUUUAAGCCUCGAGGGGUUAAAUUUAAGCCAAACAACUGUGAACAACUCGUAGAGGCACUAAAAUACGUGACACAAGCUUUGGUAGCACUCCAUGACCUAUCUUUCAUGCAUAGAGACCUGAGUUGGGACAAGGUAAUGAGAAGAAGCGACAGGGAGAACGAAUGGUUCGUUUCUGGGUUCGACGAGGCUGUCGGUGCACCGCAACUCUACCCGGCACACGGCAUCGUGGAGGCGCGUGGGAGACAGGCACCAGAGAUGGGAAGAGGAAUGCAUGGGGUGAAAGUGGAUGUGUGGGGUGUUGGUCAUUUGUUGAAGACUUGUGGUUUAGGUCCAAAUGGGGUGCCAAAAAUGCUUAGAGAAUUGCAAAAUAGGUGCCUAGACCAGAACCCAGAGCACAGACCUACCGCCGCCGAUUGCUAUCACCACUUGCUGCAGGUUCAGUCAUCUCUGCAGCCAUCUUCUUCUGGCGGUCCAUUUUGA